AGAGCAGGCAGCUGUCGCUGCAGAGUCAAAACACCGCCCAACACCGGGACAAAACGGACUUAGCCUAUAGAAACGUAAACGGAGUCUUCCUCGAGGUGAAGAUGUAUUUCAUCGCAGUUUUCGUUCUUUUGGGGACGGGACUGACAGUAAACAGCGAGAAACAUUCCCUCUCUUACAUCUACACUGCCUUCUCCAAACCUGUUGAACUUCCGGGCAUUCAUGAGUUCACAGCUAUGGGUCUGCUGGACAGCAAGAUGAUCGACUACUAUGACAGUGAUCUCCAGAAAAAAGUUCCCAAGCAGCCCUGGAUGAGAGAGCGACUUCCUCCAGAUUACUGGGAGAAAGGCACACAGUCCCGCUUGAGCAAGCAGCAGUGGUUCAAAGUCAACAUCGACAUCCUGAAGAAACGAAUGAAUCAGACCGACAAUGAUGUCCAUAUUCUUCAGUGGAUGCACGGUUGUGAGGGUGAGACGAGGCCUGAUGGCAGUGUGACGUUUAGCCGCGGCGUUGACAUGUACAACUACGAUGGACGAGACUUCCUGUCCUUCGAUGACACCAACGCAGUCUGGGUUGCCUCCACUGAUAUAGCAGUCCCAACCAAGAGAAAGUGGGAUGGUGUCCAGGUCCUAAAAGAAUACACCAAAGGGUACCUGGAGAACGAGUGUAUAGAUUGGUUGAACAAGUUCAUGACAUACGGACAAAAGCAGCUGCAAGCAGCCUCUCCGCCAGAUGUGUACGUGUUUGCUACGAACACCAAAACUGAGACAACCGUCAUGUUGACCUGCCUGGCCACAGGUUUCUACCCAAAAGACAUCAUCCUGGAGAUCAAAAGGAACAACCGCAUUCUGACUAAAGAGGACGGGUUGUUGACCUCAGGCGUUCGACCAAAUGAAGACGACACCUACCAGAGAAGAGACAGUGUGGAGAUUUUAAGGAGUGACGUUGCUUCAUACAGAUGUGAAGUCACUCACAGAGCAACCAAUGUAUAUGUGGAGAAGGUCUGGGAUCAUAAACUUCCUGACACUGCUGGAGGAGACAUCAUAGGCAUUAUUGCUGGAGUGACUGGGGGCCUUGUCGCCAUCAUGGGUGUGCUGCUGGUGUUCUUGUAUAAAAAAGGGAAAAUUGGAGGAGGUGGACCCAACAAUCAUCAAGGGGUGAAAACACCUCUUGACAGCGGUGGCUGUAACUCUGGUGUCUUUACUGUCUGUGACAACAUACCGUCUGAAGUCUGAGAGGAACCAACAAGAACCAACGAGAGAGAGAGAGAGAGAGAGAGAGAGAGAGAGAGAGAGAGAGAGAGAGAGAGAGAGAGAGAGAGAGAGAGAGAGAGAGAGAGAGAGAGAGAGAGAGAGAGAGAGAGAGAGAGAGAGUGUGUCCUUUAGACAGAAGAAGUUAGACAGAAAGUAGCAUCUGAGUGGGAUAAACCUUUAAAACAGGUCUAAAAAUAGGUUGCUAUGGUGACAGUUCACCCCUGUGGCAGGGAUGAGACAAGUACCUGUGUAACAUAACAUAACACAUAUGUAACAUACAUAUGUAAAAUAAGAUGGAAUAUAAAACCCACUUGAUGAUAAAAAUACAAAUAAGAUAAAAUAAAUGAAGUGAAACUAAAAAUACAUAGAAUGCAUGACAUAAGGUCAAAGAUAAAACCCACUGAUACAUUAAAUACAUACUGAAUAAUAAUAGCAAUAAAGUUAAAAUGUAGAAUACAUAGAAUGUAUAAAAUAAAGAAAAUUGUGACCUGUAAGAAAUUAUACAAAUGUGACGUUUAACUUUUAAAAGGAAUCUCUUUGAAAUCUGAAAAUAUUUAAGUUUAGAGAUCAUUAAUCACAGUUACACUUCUCAAAUGUUAAAUGCUACAGUAGAUCUAUGCAAGAGGAUAAAUGUUUUUACUUUAAGUAGUUGCUGUUGUGAUGGACUGUCUUCUAUUAAUAAUCAGUUGACAAUCAUCUGAUAAUGAGUCAUUAAAGGUCAGAACUCACGAUAGUUACCUAUGAUCAUAUGGCAGUGACUAUGAAAGGUCACCAUUUCUGAUAAUUACUCAUUAAAGGCUAUAUGGCCAUUUUCCCUUAAUAUUACAGUAAACAGAUCCAGAAAUAAUUGCAUCCCAGAAGUCCCAUGUUGAAUCAUUGCCAAUCAAUUGCAACAUUUUUAAGGUCACUGAUUAAUAAGCAGUUAUGUUAUAAUUGUGGAAAGAACCAGAAUUUUGUAAAGUGAGGAGGAGUCCAAAAAAUCAGAUAAAAAUAGGCUCCACAGUAGGAGGAGUGGAAUAGGGUAUAUAAGAGACUGCUUUUGAGUUUGUCAUUCAGUGCCUGCUUCCAUGGAAUCAGUCUCGAUUUACUGUAUUCUGCUUAAUAACACAGUAAAUCUGUUUUCACUUUGAA